AUGACCAACCAACUGCAGUACAUAUUGAAAUCUGUCAUCAAACAAACCAUGAACCAGAAAGUGGCUGGACCUUUUCUAAGACCAGUAGAUGGAAAAAUUUAUGUGGUUUGUGAUUACUAUGAUGUGAUAAAGAGCCCUGUUGAUUUGAGUAGUAUAAAGAAACGUUUGACCAAUCGCCAGUAUCAAAACGCUAGUCAGUGUAUUGCGGAUUUCAGGCAGAUGUUUGCCAACUGCAUAACUUACAACCAAGAUAAGAAUGAUGUGAGGAUUAAUCAUUUUUUUCAGUUUUUGUUUGUAUGA